GAUCGAUAUUCAACUUGCGUUCGUUUUGUGGCGUAAAUAUGGAGCACCUGUGCCGGGUGUGCAUGAAACAGGUUAACCAGCAAGUGGAGGAAUUCGUUUCGCUGUUCCAAGAGGUUCACGAUAAGCAAACAGCCGCAAGUGUGCUCAACGAUCUGUUCAAAACGGAGAUCCUGGAAAACGAAUGCCUUACGCAGAUAAUAUGUGUCGCUUGCUUUCGUGAACUACAAAAUGUCUGCACGUUUCGCGAUAAAGUAAUGCGUUCGGACUUAUGCUUUCGCGAGUUUACGGCUACUACGAUCAGCUGUAAAGAGGCACAGGUGCACCAGACGGUGAACUUCGAUAUCAUCCCAGUGCGCUGCUACCUUUGUGGGGAAUUGAUAUGCAAUGGUGCAUCAUCCUACGGUGUAUCUAGUCAAGAGAGUGGCGGAACCAUCAACAGAUUGUGCGAAAAAUGCUACGAGAGGCUUCGAGAGGAGCAAACACCAGAUGCUCCUGAUGUACCAGCCCAUUUGCCCUCAGAUGGCGACGAAAUGCUGACUCAGAGUACGGCGUUGAACCACGAGGACUAUCCUGCGCCCGAGCGGUACUGUUGUGUGACGCAUUGCAAGGAGCUAUUCGAAAAUGAACCGGAAUUACUCCGUCAUGCCCAAGAGCAGCACAGUGCCAAGUUGAGGUGGAACCAGCAGCGACAGGAAGCGACCAAAGCGUAUCAAUGCAACGUUUGCUAUCGUGCAUUCAUUAGCUCUAAAAAUUUGCGCCUGCAUCAGUUUUUUCGUGCCAAGCAGCAGAGAAGAAAGCAGUUCGCUUGCAGUCAGUGUCCAUUCAGGGCCGCCAAUAGCUCACUGUUAACGAUACACGCACGUUCUCAUACGGGCGAGAAACCGUUCGCGUGUGGUUUGUGCAAGAAGCAAUUUUGUUCGGAAUUGAACUUGAAAAAUCAUCAAAUGUGCCACCAGGCGGACCGGCCGUUUGUGUGCCCGUACUGUUCGCAAGCCUUCGUGCGCAAGGGUACAAUGGAAGAGCACAUUCAAACGUGCCACAUGGAUGAACGGCCAUAUCAGUGUACGGUUUGUUCGGCUCAGUUUAAGGUUCUACAGAAGCUCCGAUUACACCAAAGGAUACACUCCGGGGAGAAGCAAUAUCAGUGCAGUUACUGUCCUAGCAAAUUCAACUACGCAUGGGACCGGACACGCCACGAAAAGUCCCACAGAGGAGAAAAGCCGUACGUUUGCGAAUCAUGCGGUACUGGGUUUACGAGGAAGCGUUCGCUACGAAUUCAUGAGCAUACGCAUACCGGCGAGAGGCCCUUUAGCUGUGCCGAUUGCGAAAAGACCUUCAUACAAUCCGCGCAGCUGAAACGCCACAUGGCCCGGUACCACCAACAGGAUGUUAUCGGUAGUUCCAGCGAAACAGGCGUUAAACGGAUUGAUAGUAAUUAACCAUAAGAUCUUAAUGGUUUAGGCUAGCAGGCUGUGUAUGUGAAACGGAAUAAAAUACAAACCAAAUGC